GGGUCUCCCAUUGGCUGCGAGGGGCUGAUCGCGCGCUUCUCCUCAGAAGGGCCUGCUGGAGGAGAGCGUGCACAGCGAGGAGGACCUGCUGCUGGAGGCAAGAGCACCAUGAUCACAUCAGCUAAACCACAAACACCAUGACUCCUAAACAUGGGCACUGCUUCUGUGCGACCAGGGAGUCUCUGCUCACUCGUGUUUCUCUUCUUUAUUGCUCAGUGGACACAAUGUGUAUCACUACUGAAGGCCUCAUCUCUCUGCCUGUCCAAGCCCUGCCAGAAUGGCGCUGAAUGCCAAGAUGACCCCUCCACUUUCCUGUGCCAGUGUCUGUCUUCAGCGCCUGGACUGUCCACUGCGAGCUGCGCCUCCAAUGCCCUCUGCCACCCCCCCAUCUGCCAGGGCAACACCACAUGCCAGUCUACCAGCGGACGCCCCGGGGAGUUAGCCUGCCACUGCUUGGCGGGCCUGUCCAGUCACUCCUGUCAGUUGAGUGCAGAGCUGUGCGCCCGUACACUGUGUGGACAGAGCGCCCGCUGCCUGGCCGUGGCCCACCGGGUCCCGGGCUAUGUCUGCCUCUGUCGGCCAGGCUACACCGGCACUCUGUGCCAGAGAGAGGUUGACCAGUGCGUGCCAAACCCCUGCCGUAACCGUGCCCUCUGUCGGACCAGCCCUGAAGGCCCCUCCUGCUUCUGCGUGCCAGGCUUCCAGGGCGAGCGUUGUGAGAUUGAGGUAAACGAGUGCAUCUCUCAGCCUUGCCUGAACGGAGCAACAUGUGUGGACAAGAUCGGACACUACACGUGCCUCUGCAGGCCAGGAUACACAGGUGUUAGCUGUGAGCUGGAGAUUGAUGAGUGUCAGUCUCAGCCGUGUCUUCAUGGCGGCAGCUGCCACGACCAUGUCAACAGCUUCUCUUGCACUUGUCUGGAUGGUUUCCAGGGAAGUCGCUGUGAAAUCAACAUUGACGACUGCACAGAUAACCAGUGCCAGAACGGAGCUUUGUGCAUUGAUGGAAUCAACAGCUACAGCUGUGAUUGCUCCCAGAGCGGCUUCACGGGCCCUUACUGUGAGGUGCCUCUCCCACCAUGCUGGAAUCAGCCCUGCCUCAACGGCGCCCUCUGUCAGGAAGAGGGGAGGAACUAUACAUGCGAGUGUUGGCCAGGCUUUGAGGGUCGACACUGUGAGCUGGAUGUGAAUGAGUGUGGCAGUGGUCCCUGUUUGAACGGAGCCGUCUGCAUUGAACGCUCCUGGGAGAAAUAUUACGGUACAGAGACCCUGCUGCCUGACCAAUAUGACCCCCAGCAUGCAGCUGGAUAUGUAUGCAGGUGCCCACAUGGAUUCACAGGUGCCUUCUGUGAAGAGGACAUUGACGAUUGUGCUUCUGCUCCUUGUCACAAUGGAGGCUUGUGCAAGGACACUCUCGGCGGCUACACAUGCGUUUGUCCGUUAGAGAGCAAUGACGGUGUUCUGUAUGGAGGCCAAAACUGCAGUGAGCCUCUGGUGGGCUGUGAGGGUCACGAGUGCCUGAACGGGGCAGCCUGCACGCCCUUUCUGAGCGAGGGUCUGCACGGCUACAGCUGUUCCUGCCUGCCCGGAUACACAGGCUCACACUGCCAGACCAGCACAGCGUUCUCCUUCCAGUCCUUUGGGGGUUUGUUGAGUUUGCAGACUCCACUCCUGGACUACUCCUCCAACCUCACCCUGAGCUUCCGGACAGUGCUGAGCAACACGCUGCUCUUUCAACGAGGGAGUGAAGGACCUCUGCUCACACUGGAGCUGCUGCACGGUCAUUUGCGACUAAGCCUAAGGACAGAGAGCGAAGGCGAAGGGCCUGGCUGGGCUCUAAAGUUACCUCAGAACGUGGCGGAUGGAGAGUGGCACACAGUGGAGACUGUCUUUAGCAAAGGUACACUGUUCCUUCAGCUCCUGGAGCCAUGCCAAAGUGAAUUUUGUGGUGCAACAGCCCAGGUAGAGACUGGACCAUUGAUACUAGAGACAUCCCUGAAAAGCACCUUGAUUGGAGGCCCGGCAGACGAAGGCCUUACUGGUUCCUUCAUCGGCUGCAUGAGAGACUUAUAUGUGGACUCUCAGCUGAUGGUGCCAGAGGACUGGUUAAGUGCUUCUGCUGUGAAUGUCACACGUGGCUGCGACCACCGGGACCGCUGCCUCGAUGUUCCGUGUGAGAAUCAAGGCGAGUGCAUCAACCUGUGGCAGGGAUACCAGUGCAAGUGCCAAAGACCAUACAAAGGGCAAAACUGUGCUGAUGAAUACACCCCUGCCAGGUUUGGUCAGGAGGGCUCUUUGAGCUACGCUGUCUUCAACGUUAGCGACGAGCCUGAUCCUUCUAUUAUCACCCUCUCCAUGUUUCUUCGGACACGCCAAGAGUUGGGUCUACUGCUUCUUGUCACCAACAGCACCAGUAGCCAGUACCUCAGCGUGUGGCUGGAGCGAGGACGAAUCAAAGCUCAGUUUGGCAGCUCCCAGAUCAUAGAGAGCAAGAACAUUGUUAGCGAUGGUGAAAGCCACUUUGUAAGUGUAGCUAUUGAGCAGGGCCAGAUGAUGCUGCUGGAAUCUGACCUUGUGUCUGGACCUGUGCCGGUUGACUCUGUUGACAUGCAGGCUGGGGACAAGGUCUAUGUGGCGGGCGUGAGAGACAGAAGCUCCUUAAAUGUGUUCGGUGGUCACUUCAAAGGCUGCAUCCAGGACCUUCGUCUUAAUGACGAGCCAUUGCUGUUCUUCCCAUCCAAUGUCCCAGUAAAGUCAUCUGAACCUGAGCUUUUGGUUAAUGUUAUUGAAGGCUGUAUUGGGGACGACUAUUGCACGAAAAACCCCUGUGAGAAUGGUGGGAUGUGCUUCUCAAUGUGGGAUGAUUUCACCUGUGCCUGUCCCCCCAGUACCUCUGGUCUACGCUGCGAGGUGGUUAAGUGGUGUGAACUCUCCCCAUGCCCUGCUCAAGCUCAGUGUAGGACUGUUGGUCAAGGCUACGACUGUAUUUCCAAUGCUACUUUUGAUGGUGAUAUGAUGCUAACAUACCGUUUUAAUGGACUGAUCUCCCGCCAUUUUACCAACAUAUCCUUCAGUAUUCGCACUCGGAAGCGCAAAGCAGUCAUUCUCCAUGCCAGCAGAGGCUCAGACUUUGUAAAAGUUUCGCUACAGGACGGUCUGCUGGUUUUGGAGCUGCUCAGCACACCUUCCUCACCUUCAUUCUCUAACUCCUCUUCCUCCCCACUAACUCUACACAGCACUAGACCCAUAGCUGAUGGCAAAUGGCAUAGAGUACAGCUCUUUAUGGUUGAACCCUGGGCCAACGCUUCCCAAUGGACCAUGCUUUUCCCAGAUGAUGGAGAAGAGCUAGUCACAUCAAUCUCCGAGGCCAGCAACCUUGACUUCCUUCAGGAGGGUGUGGACAUCUUUUUGGGGGGUCUGGAAACUGAGCCAGACAGGAAUCUGUAUGGCUGUUUGAGCACCGUGGAGAUCAGUGGAGUAGUGCUGCCGUAUUAUGGCUCUGGUGACGUUAGGCUGCCCCGGAUCCAGGAGGAGCAGUUCCAGAAAGUGUCCACAGAAUCAGUGGUCAGUGGGUGCACUGGUGGUCCGGUAUGUGAGCCCAAUCCAUGCCUCAAUGGCGGCGACUGCGAGGAUCUCUUUGACCUCUUUAACUGCACCUGCCCUUCUGGUUGGGUGGGCCAGCGCUGUGAAAUUAGCACAGAUAUCUGCGCCUCCAGCCCCUGUCACCACGGCAACUGUACUGCUCACGGUCUGCAGUACGAGUGCGUCUGCGAGUUGGGCUACACUGGCGUUAACUGUGAACUGGUGGUGGAUGUCUGUGCCCAGCACCAGUGCGCAAAUGGCGGCACCUGCCUGCACGGCGUUGGCCAGUAUGCAUGCCUCUGUGCAGACAAUUUCACCGGGCCAUACUGCACCGACCGGGUUGAAGAGAUUCCUUGGUAUAUAGUUGUCAAGAGCAUUGCCCCCAAGCUCCCAGUGUCCAUCUGUGGGGACGAGAAGCGGAACUACACAUGCUUUAAUGGGGGUAACUGCUCUGAGACGGCUUUUACAUGUGACUGCCUGCCCGGCUUUACUGGACACCGGUGUGAGCAGGAGGUGGACGAGUGCAAGUCUAACCCGUGCUUGAACGGAGGAUACUGCCGGAACCUGGUCAACAGGUUCCACUGCGUGUGUGAGCUGAGCUACGCGGGUGAAACCUGCCAGAUCGACCUGAAUGGGGAGAGUAUAGCCACCGAGCUGCUGCUGUCUGUGAGCUUGGUGUCGGUGGUGCUGUUUCUGGCUCUGCUGGCAGCAGCCUCAGCUCUGGUGGUCGCCCUGAACCGGCGGGCCACCCGCGGGACCUACAGCCCGAGCCGUCAGGAGAAGGAGGGGUCCCGCGUGGAGAUGUGGAACAUCGUUCAGCCUCCACCUGCAGAGAGACUCAUCUGAACCGGGAGCCAUAUUCAAACAUUUAAAAGAGUUUCAAAAUGAAAUGAUCAGUAUUUAAGGUGGACUGAUUGCACCUAUGGAGGUACUUUGAAGAGCUUGCAUGAAGAUGGUGUUGUGGUUAACACGCCUGUGUCUCAGUGGCAGGGUUGCACAUUUGAGACCUGCCUGGGUGGCAUCAUCUCUUCAUCUCUUCUCCAUCGUAAGCAUGUGGACGAGCUUCACUAGAGGAUCCCUGCAGAAACAGCAGCAGCAGGCAGCACGAGAAGACAAUUUUACAUUCAAAUCAAAUGUAAGGAUUUCGUUAUUCUCUCAGAAAGGUAAGAUUUGGGAGUCCACAGAAUCUUCUGUGUGGG